CUUCCUGCUAGGUCGGCCUCCUGGGCUCUUUUCCUGCCACCCGUCGCUCGCUUGCAAGAGGGCUGGAUGGUUACACCGGGCAGGUUGGUUCCAUAAUGUUAGGGACUGUGAAAAUGGAAGGGCAUGAGACCAGCGACUGGAACAGCUACUACGCCGACACGCAGGAGGCCUAUUCCUCGGUGCCCGUGAGCAACAUGAACUCGGGGCUGGGCUCUAUGAACACCAUGAACACCUACAUGAGCAUGAACACCAUGACGACCAGCGGCAACAUGACGUCCGGCUCCUUCAACAUGUCCUACGCCAACACGGAACUGAAGCCCUCGGCCCCGGCCGCCGCCUCCUCGCUCGGCUCCGUGCCCGCCCUGGCAUCCGUCCCGCAUCCCCCGCACUCCCUGGCCCACGAACCCCAGCUGCACCUCAAAGGGGACCCCCACUACUCUUUCAACCACCCGUUCUCCAUCAACAACCUCAUGUCCUCUUCGGAGCAGCAGCACAAGCUGGACUUCAAAGCCUACGAGCAGGCGCUGCAGUACUCCUCGUACGGGGCCGCCAUCCCCGGCGGGCUGCCCCUGGGCGGCGGCUCCAUGGCGGCCCGCGGCAGCAUCGAGCCCUCGGCGCUGGAGCCCUCCUACUACCAGGGGGUAUACUCCAGACCCGUGCUCAACACCUCGUAGCUCGCUGUCUCGGGCCGCACGCCGUGCACAGGACUGUUACUUCCCGAUGGCCGUGCGCUGUCCCUGUCCCGCAUCCCCCCCGCUGUACAUAUGCCCCGCGCCCCGCAGGGUGUCAUUGAAAAGGAGAAAAAUGGGUGAGCUUGUAAACUACUCGUUGUGCUUUCCGCCCCCCGCCCCGCUCUAUAAUCUCAUGUAAGUUUACAGGUAUGUGGCAAUACUUUACCAAUACGGAGAUGAAGAAGCGAGUAGAGAUUUAAGGCUUUUCUUUUUUUUUUUUUUUUUUUUAAUUAAGAAGGCUUUGAAGGACAAUACUGCUGUGAAGUAGCAACACACUAAAAGAAUCUCUAAGCAACAAGAGGACUGUUUGCUCUCUCGGAUCAUCCUUUUGAUACUUGCAAAACAAACCUCCGGCUCGGACAGCCGCACCCCGCACCCCGGCCAGCUGCAGCCCGGGGUCGGGACAGACCCCCCCCAAACCUUCCUAUAUUUUUUUCCAAGUGUUACCUGUCUUGGGAUGUAAUAUAAAGUUACAAGAGGUCACAGCCAGUUGGAUUUUUUUCUUUCCCAUCUGUUACUGAAGGUUCUCGUUCCUCAGGCACUCUCGCCGACGUGUGGAUGACAUGCUUAUUUAAUUUAAAGUCUCUUCGUCGCGUACCAGCGGAGCUAUGGACUGAAAACAAGGUUAUCGCCUUCCCGGGAGGCGCUGGCCCUCACACCAGCGCCAGGAACAGAGGAGAGCCCUUCCUCUCCCCUUUCCCACCUCGUUUAAUACAUUACACACCCAUCAUUUUUGUGGCCGUUUAAUUAUCGCCAUCAUUAGCUUGUUUCAUCCAGUGUUAAUGCACUUUCCACAGUUUUACACGGUGUUAGCAUAGCCAGACGGGUUUUAUUAUUAUUCCUGUUCGCUGUCUCAAUGUCCUUAAUUUAUUGCAUGGUUUAUAUUUUUUUUUCUUUCUUUACAGCUGGAAAUUGCUUUAAAUGACAGUAAAAAGAAUUACACGUGAAUUUAAGAAUUUUUUGUUAAUUUUAUAAAUGUGAUUGUAAUUGAAAAAAAAUAUUUUGAUUUAAAACGAUAACUGAGAAUUUAACGCGUGAAGUAUGGUUUUUUGAUCAUUUGCAGUUAAGGACUUUAAAUAAAUCAAAUGUUAACAAUGAA